AUGGUAGUUUUUUGGUGGCACGGCCGGGCAAGACUGGCCCGCGCAGCGCGAGAGCUGGAGAGCAGUGCGCCGGAGGGCGCGCGAGCAGGGGGCAGGCAGGCUGGGGGGCUCGCCGGGCGUGGAGGGAAGGCCCGCCCAGACGAGUCGAUGGAGGAUCUCUGCGCCAGUGUACGCUGCACUGGCAGUCGCAGCGUGCCAGCUCGCAGUGUGCCAGUGCGGUCCACCGUCGGCUUCGGUGAUCGACGUCGCUCUGUCCGGGCCGCGUGCCUGCAAGGGCCUGGCCAGAUGCCUCUGCCCACGGCGCAGUUUUUUGGUCCAAGGUUGCGGAUGCCUCUGCCCACGGUGUUUCGCGCCUUCACAGUUUAA